AGUGCGCGCUGGCCUUCGCCAAGAAGCACCAGCUCAAGGUGCACCUGCUCACGCACGGCGGCGGUCAAGGCCGGCGGCCCUUCAAGUGCCCGCUGGAGGGCUGCGGCUGGGCCUUCACAACGUCCUACAAGCUUAAGCGGCACCUGCAGUCGCACGACAAGCUGCGGCCCUUCGGCUGUCCGGUGGGCGGCUGUGGCAAGAAGUUCACUACGGUCUAUAACCUCAAGGCGCACAUGAAGGGCCACGAGCAGGAGAGCCUGUUCAAGUGCGAGGUGUGCGCCGAGCGCUUCCCCACGCACGCCAAGCUCAGCUCCCACCAGCGCAGCCACUUCGAGCCCGAGCGCCCUUACAAGUGUGACUUUCCCGGCUGUGAGAAGACAUUUAUCACGGUGAGUGCCCUGUUUUCCCAUAACCGAGCCCACUUCAGGGAACAAGAGCUCUUUUCCUGCUCCUUUCCUGGGUGCAGCAAGCAGUAUGAUAAAGCCUGUCGGCUGAAAAUUCACCUGCGGAGCCAUACAGGUGAAAGACCAUUUAUUUGUGACUCUGACAGUUGUGGCUGGACCUUCACCAGCAUGUCCAAACUUCUAAGGCACAGAAGGAAACAUGAUGAUGACCGGAGGUUUACCUGCCCUGUCGAAGGCUGUGGGAAAUCGUUCACGAGGGCAGAGCAUCUGAAAGGCCACAGCAUAACCCACCUAGGCACAAAGCCAUUCGAGUGUCCUGUGGAAGGAUGUUGCGCAAGGUUCUCCGCUCGUAGCAGUCUGUACAUUCACUCUAAGAAACACGUGCAGGAUGUGGGUGCUCCGAAAAGCCGUUGCCCGGUCUCUACCUGCAACAGACUCUUCACCUCCAAGCACAGCAUGAAGGCACACAUGGUCAGACAGCACAGCCGGCGCCAAGAUCUCUUACCUCAGCUAGAAGCUCCGAGUUCUCUUACUCCUAGCAGUGAACUCAGCAGCCCAGGCCAAAGCGAGCUCACUAACAUGGAUCUUGCUGCGCUCUUCUCUGACACACCUGCCAAUGCUAGUGGUUCUGCAGGUGGGUCGGACGAGGCUCUGAACUCCGGAAUCCUGACUAUUGACGUCACUUCUGUGAGCUCCUCUCUGGGAGGGAACCUCCCUGCUAGUAAUAGCUCCCUAGGGCCAAUGGAACCCCUGGUCCUGGUGGCCCACAGUGAUAUUCCCCCGAGCCUGGACAGCCCUCUGGUUCUCGGGACAGCAGCCACGGUUCUGCAGCAGAGCAGCUUCAGUGUGGAUGACGUGCAGACUGUGAGUGCAGGAGCAUUAGGCUGUCUGGUGGCUCUGCCCAUGAAGAACUUGAGUGACGACCCACUGGCUUUGACCUCCAAUAGUAACUUAGCAGCACACAUCACCACACCGACCUCUUCAAGCACCCCCCAAGAAAAUGCCAGUGUCCCGGAACUGCUGGCUCCAAUCAAGGUGGAGCCGGACUCGCCUUCUCGCCCAGGAGCAGUUGGGCAGCAGGAAGGAAGCCAUGGGCUGCCCCAGUCCACAUUGUCCAGCCCAGCAGAGCAGCACGGUGCCCAGGACACAGAGCUCAGUGCAGGCACUGGCAACUUCUAUUUGGAAAGUGGGGGCUCAGCAAGAACUGAUUACCGAGCCAUUCAACUAGCCAAGGAAAAAAAGCAGAGAGGAGCGGGGAGCAAUGCAGGCACCUCACAGUCUACUCAGAGAAAAAUAAAAGAAGGCAAAAUGAGUCCUCCCCAUUUCCACGCAAGCCAGAGCAGUUGGUUGUGUGGGAGCCUUGUGGUGCCCAGCGGAGGACAGCCAGGACCAGCUCCACCUGCUGGGGUGCAGUGCGGGGCGCAGGGCGUCCAGGUCCAGCUGGUGCAGGAUGACCCCUCCGGCGAAGGUGUCCUGCCCUCAACCCGCGGCCCAGCCGCCUUCCUCCCCUUCCUCACUGUGGACCUGCCCGUCUACGUCCUCCAGGAGGUGCUCCCCUCAUCUGGAGGCCCUUCUGGACCGGAGGCCACCCAGUUCCCAGGAAGCACUAUCAACCUGCAGGACCUGCAGUGAUGGCAGCCUCGGCCUGGGCAGGCCCAAGGCCACGGUCUAGGACUCACCUUCCCUGAGAGUCAGAUGACAUGAGCCUGGGGAGACCUCAUUUGGUUUCCAUUCAGAAGACCAGCAUAGCCCUUUUGAGACUUUUGGGUACAUUUAUCAAAAUGUUUUCCUUUUGUUUUACCAGGAACGAGUUUGGGCUGUACUCUUUGAAACUGCCUUUGUGAGCAAUGUGCUUUGGCAAGACAAGGGUCUCCUUCAGCAGGGCUGGGUGCACAACAGCCCCUUUCCCCGUGUCCCAUUGAUCUGAGCUGUGUAGCACUUGUUGCAUUACAAGGAAAAAGACUUCUGCAGGAAAUAGGGUAGAGAACAGGCUCUGUAGUCAGAUGCAACUUGAUCUGUGGCAAAACCAAGUGGGGUCUUUCAGCUUCAGUGUGUGAGCAUCCCAGCACCUGGGAUGGGGUUUGUGGGAAAGUUGGUUUUGCCACACUGUAGGACCCAGGAGGUCCCAUUGCCACAGUGAAGCCAAAUUCUAGCCCAAGUCUGGCAGAGCAGUUGGGCAGCUAGCUUUUUGGGGAGAAUGAUGUGGUGGGACAGAGGACCUCAGUGGCCUAUUACAGAGCCCUCUUUCCCAGACUAAAUUCAUAGCUGAGAGCUUGGGGGUAUAGUAGAGUUAAAAUUUUAAGUAAUUUUCUAAACUCUGUAUUUGGGUAUUAAUGUCUAAAUGGUAAUUUGACAAUAGUUUAUAAAGUGAUGUUUUGAAUACCAUAAAUUACGUGUAGGACUGUGA